AUGCAUCUCGGUGUUGUCCCGAAAUCAUUCGCGAGGCUGGGUGUAAAUCAUGUCAAGGAGUUGAAUGUGAUACAAAUGAAUGAUUCUGGCAUCUUCCUGAGAGAACAUAACCUCUUCCUCUCCUGCCAAAUAGAAUGGGCCGGCUCAAAUGUCCCAUUCAAGGAGUAUGGCACCGUCUAUGGCGAUGGAUCGGACGGCUACAUUGCGGCAGGCUUAGCUAUGUUUGUCCUCAUGGAUGGAGUCUACCAAUGCAAUCGGAAUAGAGACGACCUGCGGCAAAUGGCCAAGUCAUCAGACGCAACGACAAAAUUUAGAGAUGUUAACUUUAGAGUCCGACAGAGGGAGGAGCGGCUGCCGAAUGGCGGAUGGAUUGGGAGACCCUGGAGAUUCGCGCCAUUCCAGCUAGUCAAAUCCCCAGAAAACAAUCGUGAUAUUGCAAAGCACUUUGAAAGAUUGGGUACUAUACAGGUUGUCGUUCUUCGCUGCGCGGCGCAUUCAAGGGCAAACAUUACCAAAGAUGAUGAUAUAUCAGACGGCACAAAGACUCCAGAAUCCGGAAUGGCUCCCGGUUCGGAAGGUGAAAGCAUUGCCUCACUCUCCCCUCCUCUGAAGUGUCGCUCGUAUAUGAAAACCACAAUAGUCGAUUCCAGGAAGGCAAUGAGGAAAUUUGGGGGGCUUUCAGAGGAUUGUUUGAUGGGCCCUAUGACAGUGAAUUUUAUGUCCAGAAGCCACCAAAUCAGCACAGUUACCCAGGCUGCUGCCGGUGCUAUCACCCCCGUGAUAAUUCCCAGGAAAAACCUUUUGGGUGUACACAUGGCCAUAUCGGCGGAUCUUGUCAGAAUCAUAAGCGUUCCCAGCAACAGCAAGCUCCUGAAUCGAAUUACCAUGCGGAUCUCUUCCGCCAAGAAACCAUAA